CAGCAUGCCCUGGCUGUGGUGGUGGAGGUGAAUGAGGGGGAAAGAUCUGUCCUGCUUCCCUGUCAGUACUCAGGUUUUAUACCUGAAGAUGAUCCCACAGUGAUGUGGACUCGCUCUGAUCUUGAUCCCAAAUCUGUCCAUCUACAACGAGAAGGAGGAGACGAUCUUACAGGGCAAAACCAGCAUUACAGCGGGCGCACAUCAAUGAGGUCUGAUGCUCUGGACACUUUAGACUUCAGCCUCACUCUGAGAAAACCAACAAAGACUGACAGUGGCAACUACACCUGCUCCAUCAGUGAUGGGAGAGAAGAACUGCGACUGAGAGAUAUACAGCUGCAGGUCAAAGACCACCAGGUGGAGGUGGAGGUGGAGGAAGGCUCAGAGUCUGUCAUUCUGCCCUGCAAAACUACAGCUGACCUGCCUCAGGACACGAGAGUGGAGUGGACUCACUCUGACCCUGAACUGAUGGUGGUUCAUGUGUAUCCAAACAAAAGUAACCACCUGGAUGACCAGGACAGUUUUUACAGAGACCGAACAAAGAUGAAUGAAGACCUGCUGAGAACUGGAGACCUCAGUCUGAUCCUGAAAAACCCCACAGAGAGAGACAGUGGAGGAUACAUCUGCACCAUCUACAGGGACAAAGACAUCCUGAGACACAAAGUAGUGCUGCAGGUCAAAGAACCAUUUCCAUCCUCGGCCACAGCUCUCCUGGUUCUCCUGGUUCUUCUUGUGGUUUCUGGAGGUCUUCUAUAUGUUUCUGUCACUAUUUCAUGUCAGUCCCCCAGGUGGAGGUGGAUUCAGGGGUGGAGUCUGUCCAGCUGAUCUGUAAAGCCAAAGUUCACCUGCCUGAAGAUGCUGAGGUGGGGUGGACGGACAGUUUACACAGGAAGGUCCACGUGUAUAAGAACGGCUCUGACCAGCCUGAAGAACAGCACCAGUUUUACAGAGACCGAACGAAGAUGAAUGAAGACCUGCUGAAAACUGGAGACCUCAGUCUGACCCUGAAACAGCCCACAGAGAGAGACAGUGGAGGAUACAGAUGUGGAGUUGACAACAGGGACAUCUGGAGAUACAAAACCGUCAUGCUCAUAGU